AGCUGCUGCAUCUGUGGCCAGAGCGGGGCCACCAUCACCUGCUGUGGAACAGACUGUGACCUGAGCUUCCACCUGCCCUGUGCCAAGCAGGGAGGCUGUGUCACCCAGUACAUUACACCGUACAGGGCCUUCUGCCCCACACACAGCCCACAGCAGGCAGUGGAGGCGACUCCAGAGCCGGGCACCGAAUGCCUCAUCUGCAUGGAGCCUGUGGAGGACAGAAAGACCUUCAACACCCUGGUGUGCCCAGCCUGCAAAACCGCCUGGUUCCACAGGGACUGCAUCCAAGGACAGGCUCUGCAUGCUGGUAUUUUAUCCUUCCAGUGUCCCAUCUGCAGAAAUAAUAACGCAUUUCUCACGGACAUGUUUAUCAUGGGGAUCCGAAUCCCCUUCAGAGAGCCAUCAUGGGAGGAGAAUGAUGCGUUCGCUGAGCAAGGAGAGAUACACAGGCACUGCGAUGCCAGUGAGUGCCUUUGUCCAGGAGGCAGGCAGGAGGCAGAGGAACAGGGGCCUUGGGAAUUGCUCCUGUGCUCCUCCUGUGGUGCCGAGGGCACCCACAGACACUGCUCUGGCCUGAGGGACAGCACAACCAGCUGGGAAUGUGACAACUGUGCUGGGCAGAGCAUCCGC